AUGCUGAUUUUGGGCUUAACAGGUGGUAUAGCUUGCGGUAAGAGUACUGUAUCUAGGAGACUCAAAGAGCACUACAAGUAUCCGAUAAUCGAUGCUGAUCAGAUAGCCAGAGAUGUUGUAGAACCAGGUCAAAGUGCAUACAAUGAAAUUAUUCAAUAUUUCAAUGAUAAGAUCACUGGGUUGACUGAUGAAGAUGGUAAACUUAAUCGAGCAGCACUCGGGAAAUGGGUGUUUGCGCAUAAGGAUGACCUACAAGUUCUCAAUAAUAUAACACAUCCUGCAAUCAGAAAACGUAUAUUUAAAGACAUACUAUACUACUACGUUAUGGGAUAUAAAGUUUGUGUGCUUGAUGUUCCGCUAUUAUUUGAAUCCCACAUGGAUAACAUAUGCGGAGUAAGUGUUGCAGUGACCAGUACAAUGGCCCAUCAAUUAGAAAGGCUAAUGGUGAGAAAUCCUGAACUUACCAAUGAAGAUGCUCAAAAUAGGAUCAAAUCGCAAAUGUCAAUGGCAGAACGAGUUAAAAGGGCUGAUUAUGUGAUCGAAAAUGAUGGUACAUUGAGCGAUCUUUAUGGUCAGUUGGACAAUUUAAUAUUGAGAAUCGAGCCAACUACAAUACGUACAUUGAUAGAAUAUUUCCCACCUUUAGGAGCAGUUAGCGCAACAGCUGUUUAUCUAACUAAGAGAUGGCGUGCAAAGAAUCAAGUAAAAUCAGAUGUAUAA